AUGAAGAAAACAAAUAUUACUCCUCGAAGCACAAACGGACCUUCAAAACUACCUCAACUUAAUAAAAAAGGUGUGAUUCCUCCCCAACAGAAAGAUACAGCCAAACCUGCUCCUAGAAAUCCUACACCAAAAUCUCCUCAAAACUCCGCUCCAAGUUCACAACGAUCUAAAACUAAAGAACCAGUUAAUGAAGAUGUUUGGGCAAAAUCUGAGAGAUUGGUAAAAGAAUGUGAAAAAGAAUUUGGAUUUAAGGCAGAUGAUCCAGAUAUUACAGAAAAAGACAAAGAUUGGCUUAAAACCCUCGAUGAACUUGAUGAUGAACUGAACAGAACAUUUGUUCAAGAAUCUUAUCUUGAUCCUUCGAUCUUACUGACGAUGGAUGAUGUAAUGAAUGAAGUAGAUUAUACUGAAGAUCCUCUAGAAAACUUUUCAAAGAUGACAAAUGCUGCUUUCGAUAAAAUUCACGAAAAUAAGGAAGUCUUGGACAAAAUAUUGGACCAAAGAAUUGAAGUUUGCAAUAAGAUUAGAGAUAUGAUCAUGGGCCAUAAAGCUUCAGAUAUUUACAAAGCGGAUCAAUUACCUGAUGAAAAAGUUUGA